GAUCGAUAGAUCUUUAAUUAUAGUGUAAUAUAACCUGGAAGGGCGUUCUUUGCCGCAAAACAACAACAACAACAGAGCUGAUUAACAACAAGGGUCACGUACAAUCAAAAUGUCCUUAUCGCCAGAACAAGUAAAGCAUUUUGAAGACAAAGGAUACCUCAUCCUGCCUGACUUUGCUGAUGAUGCAAUGUUGGAGGCCCUUAAAGAUGAAUGUCACCGUCUUGUUGAUGACAUGAACCCUGAGGAGCACAACACUGUGUUUACCUGCUUGGAAAUGAAUCGAACCAGUGAUGAUUACUUUAUGACAAGCGGAGACAAGAUCAGGUAUUUCUUCGAGGACGGGGCAAAGGAUGAGCAAGGCAGACUGAAGGUUGACAAGCACUUGGCCAUAAACAAGAUAGGUCAUGCCCUACAUGUGCUUAGUGAGCCAUUCAAGCAGUUUACGUUUAGUGAAAAGAUGAAGAAUCUUGCUACAAGCCUUGGACUCCAAGACCCUGUGGUGUGCCAAAGUAUGUACAUAUUUAAGCAACCAGGCAUUGGUGGUGAAGUGACUCCCCAUCAGGACUCCACGUUCCUCUUCACAGAUCCGAUGCGAUUGGUUGGUUUCUGGAUAGCUCUGGAGGAUGCAACUCUGGAGAACGGCUGUCUAUGGUUCAUACCGGGGUCACAUAAGAAUGGGUUAGCGGGUGGCAGGCGCAUGGUGCGAAACCCAAAUAAGGAACCAGGGCAGUCCGGUACAAUGUUUAGAGGAGAAAACCCCAAACACAACUAUGAAGAUUUUGUGGCUGGUCCUGUUAAGAAAGGUACGAUGGUUCUGAUUCAUGGAGAAGUCGUGCAUAGGAGUGAGCGUAACACAUCGCCUGUCUCUCGUCACAUCUACACGUUCCACAUGUUUGAUCAGAAGGAUACGCAUUACAGUGAGGAAAACUGGUUACAACCGACUGAGUCCAUGCCUUUCGCCAGACUGUUUGCAUGAGGUAACCAAACUACCGCUAGUGCUUAAGGGCAGUUUUCAGAAGAGAAUAAUUGAAAAGCAAUAGGAGAGCCAGACCACAUACUAUUGCAAAGAUAGGCCAGUGAUGUCUCAGGAACAAUUGAUCAGUCUGCAUCAUUUGAUAUGAUAAUCAGUUUACCUAUUAUAGUAUUGAGCUCACUAUUAUAUUUGUAUAUGACAUAAAAAAUGUAUUUUGUUUCAGGUUAUUUGACCAAAAAUGUGGUUCUCAAUAAAAGCCUCUUUAUUGACUUAAAAAAAGUGAAUAUCAAAGCAAAGAUGCUAUAUCUCUAUGAAUAUUUAAAAUAGAUUGAUUCUCUCUUCAAAUUGUUUGCUGGUGGAUUCAAUGAAAACAAAAUACUUACAAACCAGGAGUAAUUAUUAUUCAAAAUAAAGAAAAUAUCUGACAAUAGAAAUACACUUUUGCAUGGCAGGUCAGAGAAUUUUUAGGGCAGAAUAGUACAUGUUUAAGUUUUAAUUCUAUAUUUACCCCAUGUUAAUUAGAUAUUUAUUUAGAGUCUUAAACACAAAUCAAGGAGUUAACUACAGCUAUUAUAUGCUAGACUCAGACCAAGAAGAGGUUUUUAACCAAGGAUCUAUAAACUAACAUUUAUUGAUAAAUCUUUGGUUUAACUAAUGCUGUCAUUUUAUUUCAACAAAUAUAUUAUGGAAAACCACAUGAAAAUGAGGUAUUUACUAAAGCAAUAUUGAAUUAUAUCAAUAUAUUAUAUUUAUGCAACACAAUCAUGUGUGGUAUUAUUUUUGAUCUACUAGCAAUGGUUUAUUUAACAUUUAUUUUAUGAAUAAUUUUUAAUUACAUUUUAAUUAAAUCGACGGUGGUUUGUCGAAAAUACAUUUUGGUGCAUAACCUACCGGUAUUUCAAAGAUCUAUAAAUGAAUAGUUAAUAUAUCUCUGCAUUAUGAUUAUAUCGUAGACUAUUUAAGUCUAUUUUGUAUUGCAAUUCUCUACAAAGACCUAUAGAUAACACAGAUUGGAAACUUCGCGCCUUAUCGGGCUAUCUCUCGGCGGGGUCACGUGUUCGAGAAACUGAUAAGAACACUUGAGAUCAGCAGACGAUUUAUUCCAUGAAUCAAUCGGAGUAGUCCGGAGAUAGCCGGUGUAUCACGAUUGCGAUAAGAUAGCGACGCGUCAGUAGCAACGGCUACGAUUAUCGAAAAAAUUAUGCGAAAAUGUUACGGAGCUGUAGAAAGGCGGCUGUAACUUGGUCAAUAAUGAUCCGAUUUUUAUAAAAUAAAGUUUCAUAGAAACAUGAGUAAUUAUGUUUUUAUAAAAUCUCGAUUUUAUUUACCUACAAUAAGAAUUUAUAAUGCCGCGAUCAUUGAAGAAAUUGCGCUAAGAACUUCCAAAUCGCGGCGAGAAUGCUGUUGAAUAGUUUAUUUGAAAGGCUUUUGCUGAUAAAAUAUUCUUGUAUAAUUUGGUAUUUCAAACAGUUAAAACUUUAUAAAAUAUUAUUAUUUCAAAACGGAUAGAUAUAUGUGGACACAUAGAUCUAGGUCUCUGAUUAAAACAACAUUACAGUAAAAUAAAUGAUAUGAUCGUUCGAUCCAAAAACGGUUUUAGUUAGACUUAUUUCAAUGUUGAUUGUGUAGAUUUUUUUCCAUUGUUUAAUUCUCUUUUUAUUUAGAUCUUAUUCAUGAGUUAUAGGUUAUUAAAGUUUUGUUUGUAAUCCAGUUUUUUUCUUUUGGUAAUUAAAUUAAGCUUUCAGUAUCGUGGGCUAGGAUUUCGCGAAAAGAAAAAAACAAAAACAUUUCACGCGCGUGUUAAUCGUCGGAUCAAUUAGCGAACUGAGAUGCUUUGUGUGUUUUUUCUUUACUCUUGAGAAUUAAUUAAAGGAAGGGAUUCUUACUUCAAUUAUCAGUUUGCGUUGUUGAUUGAUUUUAACUGUGUGAUCAGUGGCCGCGGCCGGCGAAUUCAUUCUUUAUAUGUCAUUGUGAUGUCCAAUUAAGGUAAGUCUUUGUUGUGAAUGUGUUAGAUUUUAAUAUACUUGUUUAUAAUAGUACGUUAUAAACACGGUGAAAUGCUGUAUAAAACUGUUUAAAAAAAGGCUAUUCUCGAUUGUGUAUCUUAUAAGUUGGACAUACUAGUAAAAAAUCUUACUUCAACGAUAUGGGAUGAGAAAUAGAAAAGUUUUUCAAAAAGAAACAAACCACUAUGGCGAUAGGUGUGAAAAAUGAUUGAAUGAAAUAACAGUAUAAAAUUGUACAAAUUGUACAAAGGCAAAAUCCUUUAAAAUGACUUAUUUUCGUCUACUUUUUAUAAAUCAUACCUAGAAUUACAUAUCACCAAGCAUUACAAUCUGACUUAAUCGAUUUGGGAUGAAAAAUGAAAAAGUUUAUCAAAAAGAACAAAAACACGUUUGACAGCUAUCUUGUACAACAGAACAAAAGAGCUUAAAAUUGUACCAACAUUGUAAAAGGCCAAAUACUUUAAAUUGAAUAUUUUCUUCUAGUUUGUUUAAAUCUAUACUUAGAUUAACAUAUUGCAUAGCAUAAAAAAUCUUACUUCAAAGAUAUGGGAUAGAAAUAAAAUAGAGAAGUGUUUCAAAAAAAUACAAACCACUAGAUUGAAUGAAAUAACAGUAUAAAUAGUACAAAUUGUACAAGGGCAAAAUCCUUUAAAAUACCUCAUUUUCGUCUACUUUUUAUAAAUCAUACAUAGAUUAACAUCUCACCUAGCAUAAAAAUCUUACGUUAUCAAUAUGUGAUGCUUAAUGAAGAAGUUUAUAGAAAAAUGCUUCGGGCCUUUCAAUUUUUCAAAAAUUAUCGAAAAUGAUCGAAUCCAGUGUUCUCUUUCAAAUUCCGAUAAAUUAAUAAUUAAUUAGAAUAAUAAUUACCAAAACCUAAAGAAUUAUCAACACAGAAAAUAAAUACUUAUUUUUAAUCACACAAAAAAUAUUCAAUAUGUCUUUUUUCGGCGACCGACUUUGCUCACUACGUUAAGUUCGUAACGUUGCGCUUUCAGGCAUUCAUUGCUCUGCAAACUGACAACCGAGCGCUAAAAACACUAAUUAACACAUUAAAAUUGUUAAUAACAAUAUCAAAAUAAUAUAAACUUACCAGAUCAUGCUCAGAAUACCCUACGACAUCAAAUAUUAACGACUAAUUACGAAGAAUAAUUGUUUGCUUUAUAAGAAAAUGGCCGACAGCAGCUGGGACAGGGAAGAAUCUACAGGUACACCGGCAUCUCCAAAAUCAAGGUCACGUGACCCGCGUCCGCCGAUAGAUAUUAUCGCAUAUCGCUAUAGCGAAGACGAGAGAUUCCAAUCUGUGUUAUCUAUAUGUCUUUGUUCUCUUGUAGCGUUCAUAUAUAUUUUUUGAUUAUGCAUAACUUUAAAUAUGAUUAAGAUUGCAUGUUUCUCUUAGUUAUAUAACGUAUAAUAUUUGUAACGAAAUUAUUAAAUAAAAACACAGAUUUA